AAUCGUUAUAGGUUGUGCAGUUGGGUUUGUUUUUGGCUAUCUCAUGAUCCGAAAAUAUCCAUUUUAAUAUGUUUUUCAGUUCCGUUUUCUGCUGACAUUUUCGUUCAUAUCGUUUAAAAGUAUACCAUUACACAAACUCUUAAUUAUUUAGUCUGCCUGUAUAAGUUACACAGCCACUUAUUUGAAAAUGGUUAUUAGCUUAUUUUGUUAAUUGUCACCAAAAACUGCUGUAAAUUGCGAGAAAAGUUCUGGUCUAUGUACGAAGAUUUUAAUCAUGUUUAGAAUGAAAUAUAAUAUCCGUCUACCUUCAACAAACUAACGAAUAAGCACAUUUUAAACCAAUCUGCACAGGAUGCACAUAUAUGCUAAAAGAGAUUGAUUAAUUAGAGUUCUAAACAAUAAUGGAAGAUUCGAAUAAACAAUACAAAUGGAUUAAGGUAAAGAAUAGUUCAAAAACCUUAAAUUCAAUGACUCAGUAUCAAGUGCUCAACGCCUUAAAAUGACAUUAAAUAUUUCAUAAACUAUCAAACGCUACUAUUAGGUCUUGAAGACACUUCGUUCAUUAAACUUUCAGUACGUAACCGAUUCUGUACUCGAGUGUAAGUCAAUUUUAUUAACCUUUCAAAUAUAUAACAGGAAAUAAACACUCAUUAACCCAACCGCUUUAUUAAUUGCCUUUAGCCACUCAUUUAUUUUGUCUGGUUGACAAAUACCUGGUCAAAAGUGCGACUUAUCAUCGUAACUUUGUAUAAUCUCCAUUAAUUGAGAUUAAAUUCCCAUCUUCACGUUUACAGAUGACACUAAGAUGCAAGAUAAGCCAAUUUUAGUAAUGAUAAAAAAUAUUUGUGAUUCAGGUUUUUAGCGUCAUGUUUUUUUUUUGUCACUAAGAUUAUGAGUUCUCAUAACAUAUUAUUUACUAAUGUUAAUAGUUUUAGUUCCGUUGAUUAUGGCUGACACAAGCAACAACUCAGAAGAAAACGAUAAACAUAAUGACAUGGAUAAGAAAGGAAUACCAAAGGCUGAGUUCAUCGAAGAUGUAGAUGCUUACAUGAAAGCCAAUAAUUUUUCAACUCUUAUGGAAGCUGGACGUUCUUUCGAAGAAUUAUACCAAAAAUAUAAAAUUAUUGAACAGGCUCUAUUACAGCGUAAAAUAAGAUUAAUGCAACAGUUACCAGAUAUACAGAAAACUUUAGCUGUUGUCCGACAAUUACAAAAACAAAAUACUAAUUUAGACGUAACUUUUGAAAUAUCUAACCAGUUAUAUACACGUGCUCAUAUUCCCAAAGCAGAUAGAGUUGGUUUAUGGUUAGGUGCCAAUGUCAUGUUAGAAUAUGAUCUAGAGGAAGCUGACAAAAUACUCGUUGAAAAUGAACAAUCAGCUGAACAAUCCUUGCAAGAUGUAGAUCAAACAUUAGAAUUUCUUAAAAAUCAAACAACUACAGUCGAAGUAAAUUUGGCUCGCUUACACAAUUUGUCUGUAAAACGUGGACGUCAAAAUCAGUCAUCUGAAGUGAAUGCAUGA